GUAAUUAUUCGUAUUAUUACAACUUUCAUAUCCUAUCCUAUAGAUAUUAACACAUAAACUUCUGGAAACUUUUUAGCACUAUCUUUAUUACUUGAGGUAUAAUGUAAGAACUAUCUGUACUAUCUAAAGUUUAACAGAUUUGAUCAUAAGAAUCACUUGUAAUAUUCAAUACAUAUUGCAUUUAUGUUUAAUAAGAAAUAGAUUCCAAGCAAAAGGAUUCACUAAUUCACGUUCCACAUGCAACCCUUCCCACAGCAGCGAGAAACCGCACGUAAGAAAAUAAUUGCGCGCGUAAACGGAAAGAGGAACUCGAAGUCUAUUAUUAGCGCUACAACAAACGCAAUAUUUUAUUUCUUUGGGGUCGAGACGAUCGUCGAAGAGCGUCGUCAUUAUUUCGGCAUACGAGAUCGAAUCAUACUUGCACAAAUUAUUACAAAUUUUCAUCAAUCGAAUCGAAGCAAACAACUUGUGAAGAAGAGGAUCGAUCGAUUCUGACUUUACGUUACCAUGUUUCGAAAUGCAACGCCAGAAAAAGCGAUCGCGUUUACCCAAUUUAUCGUGAGUUUAUCCUGUUGUUGGCCACUUCCAUCGACAGCCACCAAACUCCAAACACGUUGUUUCAAAAUCAUAAGAUCAUUGUUGUUUCUCAAUUCACUUCUACUUUUCUUCCCUUUGUUGUACUUCGUAUACGUGAAUCGAAACGACAAUACGACGUUCUGUAAAGCAAUGUCUUUGUCACUUGCCGUUGUACAAGUGCCUUUACUUUCGUCCUUUUGUAUCACUCAGUACGAUCGAUUUCAGCGAUUGAUCAAAGAGAUGAAGUUUUGCUGCGAGAACGCAAACUCGUAUGAGAGGCAAGUUUUUCAAGGAUACGCGAAGAGCUACGCCACUUUCUACGGUGUUUCCGCAAUUUGGUUUUACUGGUGCGCUCUUAUCGUUGUUGUGGGGACACUUUUCAUAUCCGAUCCGUUCCCAACUAACGCGGAAUAUCCAUUUCCCGUUCACUUCGAGCCCGUGAGAAGCAUAGUUUUUGUGCAACAGGCGCUCGUUGGUUUUCAAUGCUCCGCGCAUUUGUGCGUCAAUAUAUUUUGCGCGUUGCUGUUACUGUUCGCUGCUGCCCGCUUUGAAAUUUUGAUGAACGAACUCCGCGCUGUUGAAAAUAUCGAAUCGCUGAUAAAAUGCAUAGAAAAAUAUUACGCCAUCAGAAGAUACGCGGAAGAAGUGGUAAACUCGGCUCGAUACACAACUCUAAUUACGUUAUGCAUCUGUGGCGUCGAAAGUGUGUUUGGUGGUAUCAUUUUUAUCGGGCGGCAACCGUUUACCGUGAAACUUCAAUUUCUUACCCUGUCUGCAACUACUCUAUUAGCAGUAUUUAUGUGCGCGUGGCCAGCCGAUUAUCUAAUGGAUGUAAGUGAAAAUACGAUGCGAGCGGUUUACGAAUCGGAAUGGUAUAAACGAUCUUUGAAAUUACAAAAAUUCGUAUUGUUUGCGACGAUUCCACAAACUCCGGUGAUCUUAAAAGUCAGGUGCAUCAUUCCAGCUUUCUCGCUCAAUUAUUAUUGCUCGUUCAUCACGAACGUGCUUUCUAUGUUUACCGCGCUACGAGUCCUGAUGUACAAAGAUGAAAAUUAAAUACAUAAAUUGA